AUGGCUAGGAGAUAUGACAGCAGAACAACUACAUUCUCUCCUGAGGGUAGAUUAUACCAAGUAGAAUAUGCACUAGAAGCAAUAAACAAUGCAAGUAUAACAAUAGGGAUAAUAACAAGUGAAGGAGUAAUCCUAGGUGCUGAUAAAAUUUUUAUAUCCAAAUUAAUAGAUAAAGCAAAUAAUUUUGAAAAAAUUUACAAAAUUGAUAAUCAUAUAUUUUGUGGCGUAGCAGGAUUAAAUGCCGAUGCAAAUAUUUUAAUAAAUCAAUCCAGAUUAUACACACAAAGAUAUUUAUAUAAUUAUAAUGAUAUUCAACCCGUAUCUCAAUUAGUCAUUCAAAUCUGUGAUAUAAAACAGAGUUAUACACAAUAUGGUGGCUUAAGACCCUAUGGUGUUAGUUUCUUGAUUGCUGGAUAUGAUGUAAAGGAGGGAUAUCAACUUUACCACACAGACCCAAGUGGAAAUUAUUCCGGGUGGUUUGCAACAGCUAUUGGAACGAAUAACUUAACUGCCAGUUCCAUUCUCAAACAGGAAUGGAAAAAAGACAUGACCCUGCAGGAUGGUUUGUUGUUAGCACUGAAAACACUGGCCAAGAGCACAGAUAGCGAAGUACCCAAAAGUGAAAAAAUAGAAUUAGCCUAUUUAUCAAAUAAAGAUGGUGAGUUGAUACAGAAAUACUUAACCGAAAAGGAAAUAGCAGAAUUGAUUAAAAUUUACACACAAAAGUAUGUAAAAGAAUAA